AUGGCUGCGAUGAAUCGUAUAUCCGAGUUGAAACCAUUUAAAUCCAUGUGGAAGAUUAAGGUCAAGAUCAUCCGUUUAUGGAACCAGUUUUCAGCUGCGGGUGGUGAAACCAUUGAGCUGAUUUUCGUCGAUGCAUGGGGAGACAAAAUACAGGGAACCGUCAAGAAAGAUGAAGUUGCUCAAUUCAGAGAUGUGCUAAAGCAGGGUAACCAAACUUCUCAUCAACUUCACUGUGACUCAUUGCUCCGCUUGACUGGGUUGGUUCCGGUUAACUACCGUGACGUUUUGAAUGGUACCCUCAAUGAAGAUUUCUUGGUUGAUGUGAUUGGACAAAUUGUUGAGGUCUCUCAUAUUGAGGUUGUUUCAGUGAACGGGAAGGACACCCAAAAAAUUGCUUUGGAGCUACAAAAUCACGAGGACGACCGUCUACCCUUAGUUUUAUGGGGGAAGUUUGCGGAGGAUAUCAGUGAAGCUGUUCAACUGCGUUCUGUGAACAAAAUCGUCUGUGUUGUGAGGUUUGGAAAAAUCAAACAGUGGAAAGGAGUGCGAAGCAUCUCCAAUGCAUACAACGUCUCGGACGUCUCGCUAAAUCCACGUAUGGAUGAGCUAGAUGGCUUUUUUCAUCUGCUACCGAAAGGUGAUUUGAAAUUAACUAUGGUUGAUUCUAAACCUAGCCUUUCAUUGUCGAAUGAAGUGUCUGUGAAGGAUGACUUUUUUAUUCACACACCUAGGAAAACAAUAGCAGAAUUAUUUGAAUCGAAACAGGUGGAGAGGUGUAUUGUGAUGGCUACAAUUGCGGUUAUUGAUUCUGACAUGGGUUGGUAUUACCUAAGCUGCAAGGUGUGUGCAAAGAAGGUUCUAACAGUACCUUCUGACAACUAUGAUGAUGGAGAUGAUCACGAUGUUCUUGCACACAAUUACUAUUGUCCCAAAUGCAAGACUCACAGUCCCAAACUGUUGCCGAGGUACAAGCUACAUCUGGUGGUCUUUGACAAUACCCUAGACUGCAAGUUUAUCGUCUUUGACAAUCUUGCACUUCAACUGUUGCACCAGCCAUGUAUUGAGUUGACUGGUCCAGUGGCUGAUGAGAUUGGGAUUGAGAAAGAUAAUUUUGUUUACAAGAACGACACAUUUAAGGUCCUUAACAUUAUCACAAAUCCUGGUAUGAUAACUGAGUACGAAGGGACUCAAACUCCGACGGGAAGUGAAAACAUGGUGUGUGAACACAUGGGGUCGGUGAACGAUCAUGGUUAUUUGGAGGAGUAUAAUGGACCGAUACCAGGUAAGCGCAGCAGGCCACCAAUCGUCAAUUUGGAGGAGGCUUUUGAUCAGUACUCUGUUACAAGAAUGGCGUGUUCCGUAAGGAUGAAGAAAGAAAAGAUCGAGAGAAGUGGCUAG